AUGUUGAGAUCGGCCGACGCCCAAAAGAUCCAAGCAGGGAAGCUCAGCUCUGAUCCUUUUAAACUUCAACUCUCGUCCUUUUAUCUCGCCAAAUCCCCUAUCUCCUCUGCUUCAAUCGCAUUGCAAACGUAUCGUACACCAACAAAUCCACCCCAAACUCUCCCCCAGCGACCAACCGUCAACACCAACACAGAUCCAAAAUGGCUUGCGGCACCUCCUCUCUCGUCAACCGAAACGGCCCUGUACGCCUAUACCGAAUAA